GUCUGAAGUCCCAAUCGUACCAACCAGCACAGUGGGAAGAAACCGUCAACCAGAGCGACUCGCAUCUUCAGCAGACGACACAACCAGCAGACAUGGACUUCAACGGCACCUGGAAAAUUUAUUCUGAGGAAAACCUUGAAGAGUUUCUCAAAGUAAUGGGUGCACCUGAGAUGAUGUUGAAAAUGCGUAAGGAAAUGAAACCGGUGAUUGUGAUCGAGCAGAAUGGGAAAGACUUCACCUUUACGAUGAAAACUCCCGUCUGCACCAGAGUUCACUCGUUUACCAUCGGAAAGGAGACGGAGUUCACCACUAUGGAUGGCAGAAAGUUUAAGUGCACCGUCAGAGAGGAGAACGGGAAGCUGAUUUCUGAGGCUGAGAAGUUCACGUCCGUCCGAGAGAUCCAAGGAGACGACAUGGUUGAGACGAUCACUGCAGGUUCUGUAACGUUCACCAGCAGAAGCAAGCGAGUCUGAUCAGCAGCCUGCAGCUUGUGGCUUCUUCUCUGACCUGCUCAGCUUAAAGCAGCAAGUCACCUGGAAAUAACAUGAUGACAAAUAAAGAUAAAAAAAAGUAUAUAAAUAAAUAUAGAAUCAAAUAAUAA